CUAACCUACUCUGCCCAUAAUUUGGCAACCGGCUUCUACUCCUACAUCCUUUUGUCUCCUCCGCACUCCAGGACAGUGUUAGCAAGGUUUAGGGCGACUCAUCCGGAUCACAAACUCCAUGGCUUCAUCACGUAAGGCCCUGCAGGGUCGAAUCGCAAAGCUCUUCGAUUACUACACCUGAAUCAUCCUGCCGUCAACUACUAUCCCACUAAAAGUCUCGUGAAGAAAUCAAUAAUGGCAAUCUCAUCCUGGAUCCCACCUCCACCUCCUAGGCCUGAAACCCUCAAGAACCCAGCACCCUUCGCACCCUUUCCACUCAUCCAACUCCGCGCUGGAAAAGUCAAGAAGUCGCUAGGGAAUGGCCGUAUCGAAUCCGCAAUCUUCAAAGCACCUCUAUCCGGCCCCGUGGAGAUCACCAAAAUCGGAAUCACAAGAGAUGAGCACGCAUUCGAACCGCACCGUAGUCCCGACAAAGCACUGCUCCACUACUGCACAUCCCACUAUGAGGAGUGGAAGAAGGAGCUGCCCGCAUCAGAGCACCUGUUCAGACCGGGUGGGUUUGGCGAAAACUUUUUCAACGAAGAAGUCAGCGAGAGGACAGUGUGCAUUGGGGAUCGCAUCGCAAUCGGAGAAAUCAUCGUCGAAGUAAGCGAGCCCCGAGCACCAUGCUACAAGCUCAACCACCGCUUUGAGACCAAAGACAUGGCGAAACGAACCCAGACACUCCUGCGCACGGGAUGGUUAUACCGCGUCAUCAAGCCUGGCACUGUGCAAUCUGGGGAUAUGAUUCAACUCCUAGAACGACCACAUCCUGAGUGGACAGUAGCAAGGGUGAUGUACUACCUCUUCAUUGAUACGAAGGAUGUAGAGAUGAUGAAGGAGAUCGUUGAGUUACCGGCUCUUGGUGAAGAUAUCAAGGGAAAGUUCCGCGCGCGGCUGGCGAAGGGAAUGACCGAGGAUCAAGACGGUAGGAUGUAUGGUGGCGAGGAAGAGAAAAUGGAUACAUGGAGCGAGUAUCGCGUCGCUGAAAAGCGAAAGGAAACCCGCACAGUCACAGCUUUUGUCCUGGAAGCCGUUGACGACAUUCAUCAUCCGGCACUCGUUGAGCCAGGCAGCCAUGUACGCUUGAAGCUAGGUGGGAAGUUAGUCCGGGCAUACUCGGUCGUUGGCGGAACAUCCAAGCGCUUCGAACUCGGUAUUGCACUGGACCCCAAGAGUCGCGGUGCCUCAAAGUACCUGCACGAGACAGCAAAUAUCGGAGAAAUUCUGACUGUUGGGCGUAUCAUAGCAAGUCUCCCUAUUGCGGUGGAUGCAGACCAACACAUCGUUCUAGCCGGUGGGAUUGGUAUUACUGCCUUCCUAGCCGCGCUCAAGUAUCUGCAAGGCUCGAACCAAAAGUUCCACCUACACUAUGCUGUAGCGGAAGAGGUACCGUUCAAACAGCACAUGGCUGCCCUCGGUCCCAAUGUUACAGUCUAUAACAAGGCGUUGGGCCAACGCAUGGAUAUUCCCUCGAUACUCUCUCACGCCGACAGCCGAACGCAUAUUUACACCUGCGGUCCACAGCGACUCAUGGACGCGGUCCAGUCCACAGCCUCUACCUACGCCAUUCCCCCGUCAAAUAUACACAUCGAGGCUUUCACGGUUACGACAUCAGGGGACCCGUUCUCCGCCGAGCUCAAACAGAGCAACAAGGUGGUUGAGGUUGGAUCUACACAAACACUACUCGAUGCACUGAAGGCUGUGGGCAUGGAUAUUGACAGCUCCUGCGAGGUGGGUAAUUGUGGGACUUGUAGAGUUGAUGUGACCGAAGGGAGGAUAGAGCAUAGAGGUACUGGGUUACUGGAGGAGGAAAGAUGCGGGAGUAUGUUGAGUUGCGUGUCUAGAGGCGUGGGACGAAUCAUCUUGGACCUGUGAGAAUAUUUGAAUAUCUGUCUUAUUUCUAGGGCUACCUAGCAAGCCUGACGGACUGCAGAUACCACGAUAUCCUCAGUUAACGUAAUGUGUGCCUGCUCACCUACGAUAGGGUGGAAAGGUUAUAAGCACUUUCGGAGUGCUCGGUCAACCCAGGGAAUGUGCUUCACCACCUUUUUUU